AUGCUUGGCCUGAUUCCUUUGGGCCUCACCGUAUCAGCUCUCCUGGGCCUCAUGGUUUUUCCAGACGGUGAAGUGGGAGCCCCUCUGUGCCUGUCACGCCAGUUCAGGGUGCAAGGUGACUAUAUGCUGGGCGGGCUCUUCCCUAUGAGCUCGGCCGAGAGUGCUGGCCUUGGGGACAGGACACAGCCAAACAGCACUGCAUGCAGAAGGUUCUCAGCCCUCGGCCUGCUCUGGGCACUGGCUGUGAAGAUGGCGGUGGAGGAGAUCAACAAUGGCUCAGACCUGCUGCCAGGACUACGUCUGGGGUACGACCUGUUCGACACAUGUACAGAGCCAGUGGUAGCCAUGAAGCCCUGCCUAGUGUUCCUGGCUAAGGCAGGCAGCCUCAACAUUGCCGCCUACUGCAACUACACGCAGUACCAGCCUCGAGUGCUGGCUGUCAUCGGGCCCCACUCCUCGGAACUGGCCCUGGUCACUGGCAAGUUCUUCAGCUUCUUCCUCAUGCCCCAGGUCAGCUACGGGGCAAGCACAGACCGGCUGAGCAACCGGGAGACAUUCCCGUCCUUCUUCCGCACGGUGCCCAGUGAUCGUGUGCAGCUGGGAGCCAUAGUGGAGUUGCUGGUGACAUUUGGCUGGAAUUGGGUGGCAGCUGUGGGCAGCGAUGACGAGUAUGGCCGUCAGGGCCUGAGUAUCUUCUCCAGCUUGGCUAGCUCCCGUAGCAUCUGCAUCGCGCAUGAGGGCCUGGUACCAGUUACCCGAGGCCACCGCACAUCACUGGGCCAAGUGGAGAAGCUGCUGCAGGUAGUGAACCAGAGCAACGUGCAGGUGGUGGUGCUGUUUGCCUCUGCCCAUGCUGCCCAUGCCCUCUUCAGCUACAGUGUCCACAGCCAACUUGAGCCCAAGGUAUGGGUGGCCAGUGAAGCCUGGUUGGCCUCUGACCUGGUUACCACGCUGCCUGGCAUUGACCGGGUGGGCACCGUGCUUGGCUUUCUGAUGCGUGGUGCCCAACUUCCCGAGUACCCAGAAUACGUGGCCACCCACCUGUCCCAGGCUGCCAACCCAGCCUUCUGUGCCUCACUGGAUGCUACGGAGCUGGGUCUAGAGGAGCAUGUGGUAGGGCCACGUUGCCCACAGUGCGAUCAUAUCACGAUACAGAACGUGUCAGCUGGGCUCUUGCAUCACCAGAUUUUUACUGCCUAUGCGGCUGUGUACAGCGUGGCCCAGGCUCUACACAACACGCUGCACUGCAACGCCUCAGGUUGUCCAGCACGUGAGGCCGUGCAGCCCUGGCAGCUCCUGGAGAGGAUGUACAACAUGAGCUUCCGGGUCAGAGGCCUGGAGCUGGCCUUCGAUGCCAACGGGAACGUGGCUAUGGAGUACGACCUGAAGCUGUGGGUAUGGCAGGGCGGGGAGCCCAAGUUCCACACUGUGGGCACCUUCAAUGGUCGGCUCCAGGUCCACAACUCCCAGAUCACGUGGCACACGCCAGGCAACCAGGACCCAGUGUCCCGGUGCUCGCGGCAGUGCACGGAGGGCCAGGUACGCCGUGUGAAGGGUUCCCACUCCUGCUGCUAUGACUGUGUGGACUGCAAGGCUGGCACCUACAGGCGCAACCCAGAUGACCUCUUCUGCACUGAAUGUAGCCUGGACCAGUGGUCCCCAGACCGGAGCACACGUUGCUUCCCCCGCAGGCCCAAGUUCCUGGCAUGGGGGGAGCCAACCACACUGGGGCUGCUCAUUCUGCUAAGCCUGGUACUAGGCCUGGCCCUGGUGGCCCUGGGGCUCUUCAUCUGCCACUGGGACAGCCCGAUGGUGCAGGCCUCAGGUGGGCCAUUGACCUGCUUUGGCCUGGCCUGCCUGAACCUGGUCUGUCUCAGCGUGCUCCUGUUCCCUGGGUGGCCCAACCCCACCAGCUGCCUAGUUCAACAGCCACUAUCCCAUUUGCCAUUGACUGGUUGUCUGAGCACUCUCUUUCUGCAGGCAGCCGAGACAUUUGUGGAGUCAGAGCUGCCGCUGAGCUGGAUGGGGAGGUUACAGGGCUGGCUUCGGGGACCAGGGACCUGGCUUGUGGUGCUGCUGGCUGUUUUGGCAGAGGCAGGACUGUGCACCUGGUACUUGGUGGCCUUCCCACCCAAGGUGGUGACCGACUGGCGAGCACUGCCCCAAGAGGCACUGGUGCACUGCCGUGUGCGCUCCUGGUUCAGUUUUGGCCUAGUGCAUGCCACAAAUGCCACACUGGCCUUCCUGUGUUUCCUGUGCACCUUUCUGGUGCAGAGCCGGCCUGGCCGCUACAACCAUGCGCGAGGCCUCACCUUCGCCACACUGGCCUACUUCAUCACCUGGAUCUCCUUCGUGCCUCUUUUCACCAAUGUGCACAUAGCCUACCAACCCGCUGUGCAGAUGGGCGCCAUCCUCAUCUGUGCCCUGGGCAUCCUGGCUGCUGUCUACCUACCCAAGUGCUACUUGCUGCUGUGGUACCCAGCACUCAACACACCUGAGUUCUUCCUGAAAGAGGGGCCCUGGAGUGUGGGGGAAACUCAGGAAAAUCAAGAGUCUGUGCUUCCAGACCCUGCGAGCUCAUCCCCAGUGACCCCAACCCAGGAGACCCCCCCAAACCGUGAGUCCCCAAGCCACAACCCUCAGCCCUAG